AUGGCCAAUUCCUCGUCCCCGUUGCUGCCAUUGCGGCAUAUCACCGGCGCACCUCGAACACCAACAAUCUCGAGAACCUCGAAUCCAAUAGACGAAGUCGACGAGCUGGCCGGGGACACAAUUCCCUGCUCGCCGUCUGCAUUCUUGCGAGACUCGUCCCGAGAGAGGGAGAUCACACAACCGACACAGAUUUUGAGCAGACCAGGACUGGGAUUAGCCAUGGAACGUUCAUCUUCACCUGCUAGCAUCAUUGAAGUUCCUGCGUCUUCACCCUUUCAGCCCAAGGAAAAGCCAAAGUUUGGCUCUCGUCUCGCGCCUGCCGGGACUUUCUUUCGUCCGCCACCUCGACCACCACCUCGUCCGGCCGUUCCCAAACGACCCGCCGCAGAGCCGAUUAGUCUAAUCUCUGACGAUGAGGGCGAUUCUUCGCCGCCGAGGGGGGAUAUUCGUCCUACAGCGUUUAAAGCACAGAUUGCCGGGUUUGCAUACAACCCCGCCGCUGAAGAGAGGACGACCAAAAUGAAGCUGCGACAGAUAUAUGAUGUUUUUGGCGACAGGUUCCCCUCGGAAGUAGUUAGAGAAGCACUCAAAGCAUGUAAAAAUGACGUCGAAGAUGCGAUUAUUUGGCUUGAGUCGCAGCCUACACAGAAGGAGAAGCCCAGUGCUCAGGGACUCAACAAGGCGAACGGGCGCCGGCUGGUAUCAAAGGCAUCGAUGCAGAACUACGCGAAGGACCGAGCGUCGGGUCAUCGAGACGAGUCUGUUUCACUCGAAUCCAGCCCAGUUAAGCAGGUGAAGCCACAGAAGCGGCGGCUCGUCCAAGGAUUGAAACGGCGGAAUGAUUCGUCACCGCAGAAAUCGUUCGAUCUGCCUCCACCACCCUCAAGUGAUGGUCCAUUGGUUAUUGACUUGAUCGACAAUGAUAAGGAGGACGCAUAUGAAGCAGAGCCGUCUCCAGCCCCUUCAGAAGAGGACGACGACAGAGUGCUUAACUGCCUCAACACCAGUACUCUCAAGGAGCUUGCGGCAAUGACGGGCUUGAAAGAGGCGCUUCUUGAAGCCCUGGUCGAGAAGAGACCGUUCACCGAUCUGUCGCAAGCCCGGCGAGUCAGCGCAACGAAGAAGCCGGGUGCCCGAAAGUCACCAAGAGUCAGCAUAGGCGAAACCGCUGUUGACGCCGUGGAAGUGUUUCUCAACGCUGUGACCGCUAUUGACGAAGUUGUGGCAAAAUGUGAGACAAAGGGGCAAACAGUCAAAAGUGUCAUGGAAACCUGGGAUCUCGACACUUUCGGCCACAACAAGCGGAGUAGUCGAGUAUCUCCCGACGUCGAUUUGCCGCCUACGCCGACAAGCAUGAAUUCCAAGUACACACGACCACUGGUACCACGACAGCCGGCGCUUAUGGAUGGGCAUUGCGAAAUGAAGCCUUUCCAACUAUUCGGGUUGAACUGGAUGUCCUUAUUGUACAACUACGACAUAGGAUGUAUUCUUGCAGACGAGAUGGGCCUGGGCAAGACAUGCCAGGUAAUUUCGUUCAUGUGUCAUUUGGUUGAAGAAUAUGAACGAGGGUCUCAAAGGAGUCGACCCUGGCCAAACUUGAUUGUGGUGCCACCAAGCACUUACAACAAUUGGCUUCACGAAUUUGAGAGAUUUGCUCCAGACCUGACUGUUGUGGGGUAUCGAGGAUCUCAGUCAGAAAGGGCCGCGAUUGCGUAUGAGGUUGAGCAAGAACCAGAGUCAUUUCACGUCGUCUUGGCGACAUAUUCGCAAAUCAACUCGGAGGCGGAUAUUGAGGCAAUGCAGUCAUUUGAUCUCAACGCAGCCGUUUUUGAUGAAGGACACAAAAUGAAGAAUCCGGAGACAAAGAUUUACAGAGACUUGCGCCGCAUUACUGCAAAGUGGAAGAUGCUCCUUACUGGUACUCCGGUUCAAAAUAACCUUCUCGAAAUGACAGCUCUACUCAACUUCAUCAACCCCAAGAUGUUUGAUGGAUACAUGGACGACAUUCAAUACAUUUUCAGCCAAAAGGUUACUAUUCGAGAUGUGUCGAACGGGGCUUUCUUGUAUGCCGAACGUGUGAAGCGUGCACGAACCAUCUUGGAGCCGUUUAUUCUCCAGCGUCGCAAGGACCAGGUUUUGUCAGACAUGCCGCAAAAGAUUUGCACUGUUGCCCACUGUGAUAUGACAGAAUCGCAAAAGGACACAUACGCCGAAUACGAAGAACUUUUCAAACUGGAGCCGUCGUUGCGAGCAUCGAAGGCCAAGGGACGACAAAAUGAUCAAAAUAAUGUCUGGAUGCAGCUCCGCAAAGCAGCGCUGCAUCCGCUGCUGUUCCGACGGCACUUUACGGACGAAAAGGUGGAAGAAAUGGGCAAGAUAUUGAUGGAUAGGAUACCACAGUCUGAGCUUCAUCAGCCCGAUAUCAAGCAUCUGAUUCAAGAGCUCAAGAAUUCGUCCGAUUUCGAACUACACUUGUGGUGUCGAGAUUAUCCUAGGUUACUGAGACAAUUUGAUAUCCCAGCCUCGGCAGAAUUGGACAGCGGCAAAGUGAAGAAGCUGUUGGAGCUGAUACGGCAGUAUCAAGAGAACGGAGAUCGAGUGCUUGUAUUCAGCAAGUUUUCCCGAUUGAUCGAGCUUCUGCAAGAGGUUCUGGCUUUGCAGGACAUUGAUCAUCGAGUGCUCAUGGGCACCACCAAUGUUUCCGAGCGACAAACACUCAUUGACGAGUUCAAUGACAACCCAGAAAUCCCGGUGUUCUUAUUGACAACCGGCGCUGGCGGAACAGGCAUCAACCUUACCGCAGCAAACAAGGUCAUCAUCUUUGACCAAUCGGAUAACCCACAGGACGAUAUUCAGGCAGAAAACCGUGCUCAUCGUCUAGGACAGAAGCGAGAUGUCGAGGUAGUUCGGCUCAUUGCUUCGCACACCAUUGAGGAGCUUAUUUACAAGGCGUGUCAGAAGAAGAUUGAGCUCGCCAACAAAGUGACUGGUGCCCUGGAGGACGACCAGGAUGCCGAGCAGAACAUGGAGCAGGAAGUACGCAAGAUGAUGAUGGAGGAGAAGAUGACGCCUCCUUAG